AUGAUUCAUGAAUGGAUCAGUGAGGGUUUUAAUGUCAGAUCUGCUUAUGAUUGUCUCGCGAACACUUUGCAAUGGCUUCAGCCCAGAGUGGACAUGCAACUGGCGAUGAUUGGCAAUAGGAGGUCUAUCAAAAAGAUUGAAAAGGGAACAGAAGGCAGGGUUUUAGAGGGAUUGGCCACUUGA